CAGGCCACGAACGUCUGAUAGAUGUGACGGAUUUCGCAAAGCUCGUCAGGGUACUCUGGGGUAGCAUGGCGGCGCUCUUAUUUUAACGCGCUCCCAUACCGCGGAGUUCGUAGACGUUUUACUUUUGUGGUGUUGUUAGGCCGCUGACAAGUCCGGCUGUUUUACCUUUGGCGCAUGCCGACUUGUUGACACAGAGGUCAACGUAUAGUCUGCCGCUCUUUAUGUGUACAGUGCGUUGUUGUGAACCACCAGCGUGAAGCAACACUGCCCGGAGCCAUGUCAGAAAUAGCAACGACCCAAGAAACCUGCCUGACAAAUUGUAAACAACCGGUCGUCUUUAGGCGUGCGCUGUCUUCGUGGGAGUGCUCGUCUUGGACACUGACAGACUGGGCUACCAAAACUCAGAAUGUGUCUUUGAAGUUCAGAGUUGGAAUUAAAUCUGCUACAGGAGCCCCUCAGUGGGAAACGGAAGGUACUCGGGCAUCGGCCACAAUAGGACAAUUCUCGCAGUGGAUUUCGGGUCUCGCUGACAAACGAAAUGAGCUGGCCACUGUCGAUGGGUCAAGCCAUUUUGCAUAUUCAAGCUACAAUUACAUGCACAAUGUGUUCAGAGACUUCCCCAGUGUGCUAGAGUCUGUGGACUGGACUUCGUUUGGUUUCCCUGGCCGAAACGGUGCUGACAGCACUUUGUGGCUUGGAAGUGAGGGUUCAGACACACCCUGCCAUCAAGACACCUAUGGCUACAAUUUGGUCGCUCAGUUAAUUGGCAAGAAGUCAUGGACAAUGUUUCCACCAAAGGAUGGCAGCUGUCUGUAUCCAACCAGAAUACCAUUCGAGGAGUCCAGCAUAUUCAGCAUGGUCAACUUCGGAGAAGUUGACUUCAUGACAUUUCCUGAACUUCAAUCAACAAGACCUUACCAUGUGGUGCUAGAACCUGGAGAUGUCCUGCUUGUUCCGCACCAUUGGUGGCAUUAUGUUUCUUGUCUCACAAAUGCACUCAGCAUCAAUACAUGGAUUCCUAUGGACACAGACAAGGACUUCCAGUUGCUUGAAGCAGUCACACGGACUCUUGCCACUGCACUAAUACCAUGCUAUGAAGAUGAGGCUGAGCAAUGGGUGAACACAAAUGAGUUUCAGCAUCAACAAUGGCUAUGCUUGCAAGCUUAUUGUGAUACUCCCGUUUGUAUUUCAAACAUAAAUUUUUGCACGGAGGUUCCUCUACAUCUGCGCAUCAUCUUAAACAAGGAGCUAACAUCACCUGAACAAAACUUGGCCUACCUGCAGAGACUUGUGCAGCCUCAUCGUAUGGAGGAUAUCACACCAGGUUGUGCAUCACCAGUCACAGAACUUCCAUUCACAUGUGUUUCGCAUUUCAACUGGGAAGACUACGCAAGUAGAACUGGCUCCACACUGUUGCAUAAGUGCCACUCGGACAAAAGACAAGCUGCUGGCGCUGGCAGAGAUGUAAUUUCGUCAAGACGCAUCAUCAGCUGUUUUCUCGAUCCGUCUGUGGCAGAAGUUAUUUCAAAAAGACUCAAAGAACUUAUUAAAUAAAAUUAUCACUCCCUAUAAAUGAAA